GUUCAUUUCAAUUCAUUGUUGCUUUAAAUUAAAUGAAAUUGUAAAUUGAUAUGAAAAUUUUCUAAUAAACAUUACUGUAUUCGUCAUUGGUUUUACGCGAAGUAAAUUUAACACCUUUGUAUUAUAAUUUGAAGUGUAGUUCAAACAAGUAGUUAAUUUGGUGAUAAGCUUAUCAAUGUAUUACCGGCUUUUCCGGCGCGAGACGUGGUUUUAUUGGGUUUGAGAAUUUAAAAAAAUAUUUAUUAUUUAUCCAAAAACGAAAUACUAUGUCGGGCGAAAGUUCCAAUUCUAAUGGUGAUAGAAAAAUAGCACUAAUUACAGGAAUAACAGGACAGGAUGGUUCCUAUUUAGCUGAAUUUUUAAUUGAAAAAGGAUAUGAAGUGCAUGGGAUAUUAAGGCGUUCUUCAUCAUUUAACACUGGCCGCAUACAGCAUUUGUAUGGUCAGCCAGCAUGUCAUACUGGUGGGAAGAUGCACCUACAUUAUGGUGACCUUACUGACACUACCUGCCUAAUUAGCAUUAUAUCUAAGACACGUCCGAAGGAAAUUUACAAUCUGGGAGCUCAAUCACACGUCAAAGUAUCGUUUGAACUGAGCGAGUAUACAGCACAAGUGGAUGCACUUGGUACUUUAAGGUUGUUAGAGGCGGUCCGCGUGGUCGGCUUAGAGAAAGAGACCAAGAUUUAUCAAGCUUCGACAUCUGAACUGUACGGGAAGGUCGUUGAAGUGCCUCAGAAUGAGAAAACUCCGUUCUAUCCAAGGUCACCGUAUGCAUGUGCGAAGCUCUACGGCUAUUGGAUAGUAGUGAACUACCGCGAGGCGUACGGCAUGUUCGCCUGCAACGGUGUCCUCUUCAACCAUGAGAGUCCACGGCGAGGCGAGAACUUUGUGACCAGAAAGAUAACACGAGGCGUCGCUAAGAUCACACUAGGUCUUAUGUCCUGUUUGGAAUUAGGUAACUUGGAUAGUAAACGCGAUUGGGGACACGCGAAGGAUUAUGUAGAGGCGAUGUGGCUGAUGCUGCAACAAGAUCAGCCUGAAGACUUCGUGGUAGCGACAGGGGAGGCGCACAGCGUACGUGAGUUUGUUGAAGCUGCGUUUGCGCACGUUGGUCGCGCGGUGCAGUGGCGGGGGGAGGGCGUACACGAGACAGGACACGACGCAAACACCGGGGAUAUACUCGUUAGGGUCAACCCGAAGUACUUCAGGCCUACUGAAGUUGAUCUUCUGCUGGGAGAUUCGAGUAAAGCUAAAGAGAAGUUAGGUUGGUCUCCCAAGGUGACCUUCCAGCAGCUCGUUAAGGACAUGAUGGACGCAGACCUGGAGCUGAUGAAGAAGAAUCCGGAAGCUUAAUGUAUGGAUUGUAGAAGAUUUAAUUUAUAGAAGUCAGCACUUAAGUUGGCACGUCGAACGGUGUAGAACUAAGUAUACCGACGUGCCAAAUUAAAUCCUGAGUACUAUAAAAAAAGUAUUACUG